GUUGAUUCUUUCCUUAUGGAAAAAGAAACUUAAACAUUAAGGCCUAACUAUUCCUAACUUCCUAUGGAAGUUUCUCAAUUUUAGUUUGUUUUUAUAGUUUGACCAAGAAAUAGCCACUACCACCAACCGAAUGGGCCCUAGAAGCUAUAUUGUUGCUCAAUUUAGUGUGUUUCCAAACAAUAAAGAUGGCUUUUGAGAAAUUACUUAACUUGGAAGUUCUGUGCUGAGAAUGAUUAAGGUAAUCACAAUAUCAAUAAUUGCAAUUCAUUAAUAUUCAUAUAUUUGAAAGUAAAUAGUGUUGUCAAUUGGGUGAAGUACCUGUUUGAGCAUCCUCUUCUUAUUAUGGCUAGAAAAAGCUGCUUUUUUCAUGGGUUUUCUAAUUUCUUAAACCUCAUACAAUAUCUUGUGGUUUGAUUAGGUUUCAUGAGUGUUAGUUUUUAGUUUUAAUUCUCACUUGUUACAUCAUGAUGGUGAUUGUCUAAUUAAUUUUUUAACAUGAUUCUUGCAUCUUUGGACGGCCAUUCUGCUUCUAACUAAUUGAUGAAGUCCAACAGAGGAUAAUAAAAAAAAUAUGAGUUCGAGAGGAGGGCGUGGCAAGCCUGUUAUUGGUCAUGACAACAACCUGUCAUCCAAGGGGAAAAACAUUGCUGAUGUCUCUGACCACAAGGUUGAGCAGUGGGGUGAGCAGGUAGCAGACACAAGUCUGGAUUCACCACAAGACGAUGGUCAAUGGGAGGUUAUCUCAAGGAAGUCUAAGAACAGAGCUGGAAGCAGUGCUGCAAAAUCUUGGGGUUCCCAAAAUUCAAAUCCUAGGCCAUGGGGAGGAAUGAGGACCAAUGGUGGAUCAGGAAGGACCUCUGGCAAUGCCUGGGAAACACAGCCUACCAAUUCUAGGAUAGUUACUGGUAGGGAGAACAUGAGACCACAGACAUCCAACAGGAGUCUUGAGAACUAUGUGGCCCCACAUCCUGUCAUUCAACCUCCUCUAGAGCAUGGUUGGAACUGGCAGGCCAGGGCUGGUUCUGCUCCAUUGAAGGGUCUUGAAGAUGAUCAAGGAAAAGAUGGCAUCAAUUUUGAUAACCAAAAAGACAAUGAUAUUGAUAAUGUUGAUGAAGAUUCUGAUGCUGAUGUUAUAGAUGAUUCUGAGGAUGAGCUUUUGAGUGAUGAGUUUGAUUCAGAUGCCAGUCAAAAGAGCAUUGAGACAAGAAAGAAAAGCAGAUGGUUUAAGAAAUUUUUUGAUGAUCUGGAUAGUUUGAACAUUGAGCAGCUUAAUGAACCAGAAAGGCAGUGGCAUUGUCCAGCAUGCCAAGGUGGUCCAGGUUCCAUUGAUUGGUACCGAGGUCUUCAACCUCUAAUAACACACGCCAAAACAAAAGGAUCUAAAAGGGUGAAGCUUCAUCGUGAGCUAGCAGAACUUCUUGAGGAGGAGUUGCGCAGAAAGGGUACUUCGGUUAUUGCAGCAGGGGAAGCUUUUGGGAAAUGGAAGGGUCUAAAAGAUGAGGAAAGAGAUUUUGAAAUUGUCUGGCCCCCAAUGGUUGUCAUAAUGAACACAAGGCUUGAAAAGGAUGAAAAUGACAAGUGGCUUGGGAUGGGAAACCAAGAGCUUCUUGAGUACUUUAGUGCGUAUGCUGCUGUGAAGGCUCGACACUCUUAUGGUCCCCAGGGGCAUCGUGGUAUGAGUGUUCUGAUUUUUGAGAGCUCAGCAAGGGGUUAUUUUGAAGCUGAGCAUCUGCACAAGCAUUUUGCAGAGCAAGGAACGCAUAGGGACGCCUGGAGUCGCCAUCCUGUCUUGUUCCUUCCUGGUGGAAAGCGUCAGCUUUAUGGUUUCAUGGCUACAAAGGAAGACCUGGAUUCCUUCAACCAGCAUUCACAAGGCAAAUCUAAGCUGAAAUUUGAAAUGAGGUCCUACCAAGAGAUGGUUGUUAAGCAAAUGAGGCAAAUGGCUGAGGAUAACCAGCAGCUUAUUUGGUACAAGAACAGGGUAGUGAAGGAGCAAAGGGCUAAAGAGCAAUUAGAGGAGUCUUUUGGAAUAGUGAGUGAGAAGCUUAGAAAGACUAUGGAGGAGAACCGAAUUGUCAAACAAAGGACAAAAAUGAAGCAUGAAGAGAACAAAGAAGAGAUGGAUGCCCAGGAGCAAUUUUUCAAGGAACAAAUAAAAAACAUGCAUGAAGCAAGGGAUGCAAUGGAAGAGAAAUUUGAAGUGCUGCAGCAGCAAGAGCGUGAGAGGGUCAAGCAGUCAAUCACAAAUCCUUCAAAUACUGCAGAAUUCAGGCGCAGGACACGAGAAAUUGAAAAGUUCAUAAAGUUCCAGGAUAAAGAGAUGGAAGCCUUUGUUGAUGAGAGGGACGAACUGAUAAAAAUGCACGAAGGCAAGAUGGCUGAGAUGAGACACAGGCACCGGGAGGAAGAGUUUGCACUGGAGAAGGAGUUUGAUGAUAAAUUAAAUGGCCUAAUGGAAAAAUACACUCCAAAAUCAAAUGGCACGCAGCUCACCAAUGCCUAAGAGUCUCUGAUGGUAAUAUGGUAGAGAAAUACUAGACUACACCUAAAAUAUUCGGCAGGAUUUUAAUCUCAAUUUACUGAGAAUCUUUUUGAGAUUUACGGGUUUUUCUGCUUGAAUUACACUGCCAAAGUAUAGGCUGAAGACUCCCUGUAAGCGCAAAUAUCUAAUUUUUCUGAUGGAAAAGUCUUUUAAAACCUGUUAUGUCUUAUGAUGUUGUCUUACAAUUCGGAUUCAUUUUCUGGUUGGGUUGAAUGAAUACAAUUCGGAUUCAUUUUCUGGAUGGGUUGAAUGAAAACCAUAAUAAUUAGAUAGGCUUCCUCAAAAUGACUUCUUGUUCAUGGGCAACAAUUGUCUGAAACUCGUAACUGCUGGUACGGGAAAAUUCUGACCAUCCUCAAAAUGGCUUCUUGUUAUAGGCUUCCUCAAAGUGACUUCUUGUUCAUGGGCAACAAUUGUCUGAAACUCGUAACUGCUGGUACGGGAAAAUUCUAACAAACACUCUUGCUUGAGGGCUUGAAGGUGGCGUGCGUGCGAUCGAUAACCUUUUA